UGUCAAGUUAAAGCCGGAAAGGUUUUCCCGUUUCUUUUUUUAGAAUUUUUGCAAAAAUGUAUAUGGUUUUAUACUUUUUUCGCAACUAAAAUUGCGAUAACCCCUUGUGCCUUUUAAGGGAGUUCUUAAAUCUUUAUAAGCCUAUUUUGUCGUCGGGAGUUCCAACUUAUUACGUUUACUAAUUAGUUCAAGUCAAGUUCGGACCAAAAGAUCCACUGACGCCGUGGCUUUUUUCAUGUUUUGUUAAUUUAUUAUUGUCGUUUUGCAUUAUUAUCAUUUGUUGUACAUUUGAGCUAUUCAUUGGGUGGCAUGGAUGCCAAACUGAGGAAUGAGAAGGGAAAAGGUGGUGAAGGAGAUGGGGAUCCCAAAAAUAACCUGCACCAGGGUCCACCGCCAACGACUCCGCUAAAUAAAACUAAAACUACCAUUGGAGCCAUUCAGGGUCCUCUCAUAAAAAAAGAAAAACGCCAUUCCAGCUCCCGUUUUAAUGUUACCAGAAAUAUGGAAUUGGAAAUGUUGCCUCUUAUUAAGGAAUCUCCGCCGCAAGAAAAAGAGAAUCUGUUUGUGCAAAAGCUGAGGCAGUGCUGUGUAUUGUUCGAUUUUGCAUCAGAUCCCUUAUCAGAUCUAAAAUGGAAGGAGGUAAAGAGGACUACUUUAACGGAGAUGGUGGAGUACGUGACCCAAAAUAAAGGAGUUAUUACCGAGAAUGUUUAUCCAGAAAUUGUUACUAUGUUUUCAGUAAACCUGUUCCGGACUCUUCCGCCCUCUUCAAACCCCAACGGAGCUGAAUUCGAUCCAGAGGAGGAUGAGCCCACUUUGGAGGCGGCCUGGCCGCAUCUCCAACUAGUGUAUGAACUGUUCCUAAGAGUGUUAGAGGCGCCCGAUUUUCAAGCAAAUGUUGCUAAACGGUACAUCGACCAAAAGUUCGUCUUGCAACUGUUGGACCUAUUUGACUCGGAAGACCCGAGGGAGAGAGACCUCUUAAAGACCACCUUACAUAGGAUAUAUGGAAAGUUUUUGGGACUGAGAGCGUUUAUUAGGAAACAAAUUAAUAAUGUAUUUUAUAGGUUUAUAUAUGAAACAGAGCACCACAAUGGUAUUGCGGAACUUCUAGAAAUUCUUGGAUCGAUCAUUAAUGGAUUUGCGCUGCCUUUAAAAGAGGAGCACAAGGUGUUCCUUCUUAGAGUCCUAAUGCCCCUUCACAAAGUCAAAUCCCUAUCGGUUUACCACCCCCAAUUGGCCUAUUGUGUAGUUCAGUUUCUGGAAAAGGACCCGUCUCUGACGCAACCUGUAAUUACUAGUUUAUUGAAGUAUUGGCCGAAAACCCAUAGUCCCAAAGAAGUGAUGUUUUUGAACGAAUUAGAGGAGAUCUUGGAUGCGAUUGAACCAGUCGAGUUUCAAAAGAUAAUGAUUCCUCUAUUCCGUCAACUGGCGAAAUGUGUGAGUUCGCCCCAUUUUCAAGUGGCGGAACGCGCCUUAUAUUAUUGGAACAACGAGUACGUGAUGUCGUUGGUAUCACUUAAUGCUGCCGUAAUUUUACCGCUGAUGUUUCCCAGUCUGUAUAAGAACUCAAAGAGUCACUGGAAUAAAACAAUCCAUGGUCUGAUUUAUAAUGCGAUGAAGCUUUUUAUGGAGAUGAACCAGAAGCUCUUCGACGAAUGUAUCCAGCAGUAUCGACAGGAGAGGCAGCGGGAAAACGAAAAGCAGCUGCAGAGGAAAGAGGUCUGGGAUAAGGUCUACACCUUAGCGAAAUCCUUACCCUCUGGAGACGCGAACAAUGUGAUAACCAGUCCGGAAGGUGAUGACGCCACCGACCUUAAUUUAGAAAAUUUAGAGCAAGAAGCGCUAGAGGCGAAGAAAAACCGUAACAACCGCGACAAACCAUUGGUCCGUCGUAAAUCAGAAUUACCACAAGAUCAGUACACCGUUAAAGCGUUAAGCGAUCACAAGAGGGCCGACGAGUUCCUACCGACGCCCCCCGACGUCAAUCAGUGCUAGUCCUAUCCAUCAUCGGUGCCAAUCAAUAUUAAUAAUUAUUAUUAUCAAGAAAAUUAUUUAUAUUUGUAUUUUUAUUGAUUUUAGUUGUGCUGCUUUAUUUGGCACUCGUGACUUAACGAAAAGGACUUUUUCUAUACAUAUAUGUAAGUAUGGUAAUCAAAAAAAUAUUGUAAAUACUUUGUGCAUGCAACUGAGGAGGACGAUGAACUAAAAGUUAAAAUGCCUCAUCUUUUUUUUGUACUGAUAAAAUUUAUUUCGUCAAGAUUACACACGUACAAAUCUUUUGACAUUAUUUUCGAAGCAAGAAAAUGUUUUGCUUGGAAAAUAAAAACGCUUUGAAACAAAUGGUUUAAAAAAAAUAUGUGUGAGUUAUUUUCUGUCAACUUUAUACUAAACGGAACAUUGUCCCACAAUUAACAAAAAUACUAGAGUUGAAUUUUUAGAUAACGGUAUAUUAAGGUUUGCUUUAUUUAAUUUAUUGACAAAAAGUUGCUCGCAAACGUUACAAUGUUAAAGUUUUUUAAUUUUUAGUUUACACCUCUGCAUUAUUAUAACGUUUUUAAAGAAAGGUACAGUUAAAAGGCAUAAAAAAUAAUAAAUUCGUGAUUCUUUUCGAUUAAAAUAAAUUUGGUAAAUUCGAUCAUGAAAACGAAUUAGUCCACUGCAUUAAAUAACUUUGAGGGCACUCUACAGUAUUCUCUAAUGAACUAAAUCAUAUAACAAAAAAUUCAAUUUCUAGGGCUUAUAGAAAGCUUUUUGGUAAAAUAGGCCAGAUUGUGUUCAUUAAAAGAAAACUUACAGUAUUUUAUUUUAAGCCGAAGCUAUUUUAAAUAAAUAGUUUUCUAGAAAAAUAAUACGCUCUUCUUAGGAUAAACCAUUUCAUAUAAGUCUAUAUACAAUGUUGGUAAUAAUACAGUUAAAACUUGCCCCAAUUAAAGAUCUAAAAUUCUUUUAGGUCUAUUAUAAAAACUUAUUUUAUAUAGAAAAACAUCUGAAAGGUAUUUUUUAUGCCUACCGUAAUCUUUCUUUAAACAUGUACUCUUUUUAUAUUUUAAUUGUUUUAAGAGUAAGAAUCCACCCAAACAAUUAUUAUGAUUACUAACGGCUUAAACCUGAUUGUUACACAAACCAGGCUUAAAGUGAUUUUAGAAUGUAUACUGUGCUCCAAUUUGGGUGCAAUUGCAAAGUAUGUCGGGCAUUUUUUAAGAUAGAUCUUUACGGUUUUUGUGGAUUUGUGCCACUGUUUUGUGAAACUAAUAAUGCCGCAAAUAAAUAAGCUCAGUCCUUUUGCCUCCAACAUACAGGGUGGAAACAAAAAACUUGAUAUUUUAUGUCGCUCUCAUAGCUUGCACCUUGUAUAAGAUGGAAAAGAGGUAAAAACUGCUUUGUGUAGGGAAAGGACAUACAAAAUGACAUACUUCUUGAAAAAUGAAGAAAAAUCCGGUUUUUUAUUAUGAAAACUACUACUGUAACAUAUAAACGAACUAUUCUACUUUCAUAGAAGCCAAACUAGGACAAAAGAAAAAUAAUACUUAUUUUGUGAUUAAAUACUACUAAAAUAAUUUUAUUUUGACCACCCGGGUGGGUUUUUUUUUUUCUUUUUUGCUUCUUUUGGGAUUGAACUUAGUAUACGCUUAUCUUGGCGUUUUAUUGGUUUUCUUUUCCCUUGUCCACAUAAAAAAUGAUCAACUGGAGAUGGGCUUAGUCAAACGGAGUGAGUGCAAAGUAGUCUGUCCUCUGUUGUUGGUUUGUGUGUCAGAAUCAUAUUGACUUGGAAUAGCUGUGGAAUCGGAAUUAAUAUUUUCAGUACUGGUUCCCGGUGCAGAGCUUUUAUUGUGGCAAAUUAGUGGUUUCUGAAUCUUCGUACAUAUAAUUCAGGAACAUUUCCAGGUUAAAUGGAACUAUUCCAGGUUUGACAAAUCCAUUCAGAGCAUUUUGUAUUGAUGUGGCUUUGCGAUAGGCUUCAUUAAAUAAAGAACCAAUUUGAAAUUGAAUGACCAUUGGGCUACCUGGAUAGUUUUUUACCACUCACUGAUUUCUUAGCCAUAAUAUCUGUUCAGCGCUUCAGAGAAUGACACAUCCAAGGAUUGAAUGCGGUGAGUGCAGUGUGGCGGUAGACAAAUCAAAGCAGUGCUAUUCGUUUGCCUUAAUGUGUUUUUGGUAAUACUCCAAAUAUUUUAGAAAAAUUGAGUCUGUCAUCUAUCCAGACUCUUGACCUAAGAACAAUGUUCCUUGAGAAAUAUGAUCCCCUAAUUCUUGCCUAAGAUUUUUUUUGGCGAAAAUCAGCACUGGUAGGCCAUAGAUCAGUGGCAGUUACUGCCAGGGGGCACAGGGGCGCCCGCACCUAUUUUUCUUAAUAAAAUAAAAAAUGUUAAAUUCACUAAGAAUAAAAAUAAACAGGUUAAACUAUUAAACUCCCCUCGUAAUCUACAUAAUUAACCUCUCAUCGAAGCCUUAUGCCGGAAUUACGAUGAUCGGAAGGAACCGGAACGGAACGAAACAUAAAAUCUUGUACGCAUCGUAAUGGUUAACGAACUUGAUUUAUGAUAAAUAUGUACUUAUGUAUGUGGGGUAUGACAUUUAAAACAAUAUUUACAAGGUACCUCCAUGAACUUAAUAAAUAUACCUGGACCGCUAAUGCAUAUGGCCACGAUGCCUAAAAAUGACCACGCCUGGGGGUCACCAUUUUUAUAGUGGUUGUGUCCUUUUGAUGUUGGUCACUCUGAAUAUUUUUAGUGUUGCCAACAAAAAAUAUAUUAAAAUAACGGUAAUCAAGUUGACGACGCUGACGUUUGACGUGUGUGUAUAGCGGAUUGCCUAGUUUUUGGCGAUUUGUAAACGACGCUUGGGUAUAUCGUAUGGAACAGGUGAUGUAUCUUCCUCCUUAUUUAAUACGUGAAUAAUGUAUCACCAUCUUUAUUUGAAAGUAUUUGGUUUACUGUUUCUCAAUUGAGAAUUUCUGUCUUAUUGUAAUUGUCUGUCUGUGUUGUUUAUGAUAAAAUAAUAUAUUUUUACUUUUUACAAACCCUAAAAUCAUCUAUAUUUUGAUUCUUGUAGAUGGUUGUACCUAUUAAUGUGUAAACACGCUGUACACGGAAGGAAAGUAAAACUCGUAAUAGUAAAAAAAGAAAGAAAAUAAAAGUGUUUUUAAAUGAAUUUGUUAAGUAAAUACAAGCAAAAAUUUAGAUGAAGAUCAUCAUUUUCGUAGUAUUGGGAUUUAUAAGAUUCAAGUUUAAGUUUAGAUUUAUAAGAUUCAAGAUUAUCAGAAUAAUAAAACAAAUAUUUUAAAGUGCAUGCAUCUAUUCCAAGUUGAUUGAAACUUUGUCUCAUUUCAAGUAAGGAUCACUUUUUUUCAUAAAUUUUAGAGAAAUUCUUAAAUAAGUACAAAAAAAAUCACAGAUUUAACCCAACUAUCUUAAAUUCUUACCUAUAGGUAACUUUCUAUUUUGUAUUUUUGUAAACAUAACCUCUCAAAAACCUUAAUUGUUUUAUUUCCCAAAUUGUUUUGUUGGCACAACUAAAAUUUGUGAGAGUGAUUAACAUCGAAAGGACACAAUCACGCAAAAUGGCGACCCCCUAGUAGUGGUCAUUUACUUUUCAUUGAAUUGGCAGUCUAGAUAUAUUUAUUAAGUUCGUGGGUACCUCUCAGACUUAACCCUAUUUGAUUCCAACUUAUUUGUUUAACUGCGGUGUUUUUGAAUCCCAGAUGUUUCUUGUUAUACAAUUCUUAAUGAUCCCUCACAUAUUCAAUCAAUUUGACCUUGUUAAUGACGCCUGAAUUGCUCUUCAUAUUACCAAAAAACACGCUACAAAUAAACUUCUUUUUGCAAACAUAAAUACAACACGAUGCCAACGUUGAAUAGCUGAUUAGGCUAGGUAGGUUAGAUAAGGCCUAGGUCCUUCGUUUCGCUACACGCGCAGCUGCUUCCCAGCGAAAGUUUCCAGAGUUUACUCACAGAAUAGUUCUACUUAACGAAACGGAACAUGAAAAGCUAGAGCUAGACAAGCUUUUACGUUAUGUUCUGUUCCGUACAUAACGUAAACAUAUCUCCAAACUCAUAUGCGUAGGUUUUUUACGGCUUCGUUUCGAUCCAUUCUGUUACAUCCCGACCAUCAUAAUUGCGGCAGCCGCAUCCGUGAAUCCGCAAGAGUAAAAUCAUGACUGGAAGUUGGUAGUAGCUAAACUUUUUUCGUUAUCUGUAGUUGCCAUGACAAUGGACACCCUUAUGCAUUUGCUGCGCUCUCUAAGUGCCGCCGACCUUUGAAGAAAAAAAAAGUUAGGUCGUCCUACGCUAGAUUUGCAAAAACAACGAUAUUAUAGUAUGCUGAAUGUUUGGAAAAAAAUAUACAAGAAAGUAAAGAUGGUAAAAUAAUGUCAUCGAUAAAUGAACAUAUACGUAAUUUAAAUUCAGGUGAUUUAAACUUCCUAUUAGCAGCCCUUUAUCAUGUAAUACACCAAGUAGAAAUAUUUUUUAAUCAAGUUCAGGAAAAAAAUGCCAAGUAUAUGUAUAUCCAUAAAGAACUAAUAAAUUUUGAAAAACACAUACAGGAAACUCGAAAUCACAAAAUGAAUUAAUUAUUAUUUGAGCAAGGUAAGAACGAAAAUAAUGAAGAAAUACAUAAAUGACAACGUAUUAAAUUGCCUGAAGUUAACAAACUAAUUUUAAAAGAAUAAUGCGAUAUUUUGAUUAAUUUUAAAAAUUCCAAUUUACGGGACAUUUAGAUAUGUUUCUUUUUUAGAUAUGUUUACUUUUUAAUGAGACAAGUAGCGCAAUAGCCCUUAUCCAUAUAUUAAUAGUGGAACAUUAAAGUUUGAACUUAAGGUUAGAUAUGGUAGAAAUGAUAUGCAAAAAUUAUAUCCCUCCAGGAUGAAUAUAUGUUGUGCUGAUAUGUGUAGUAAAAAAAAAAAAAUAUUUCAGAAACUAUUUAUACUACUCCAAUAAUACCUGAUGAGGGUGAAAGAUAUUUUUUAACUCUAAAAAGAAUUAAAUGUUUUUUAAGAAGUAUGAUAGCUCAGGAUAGACUUAAUGUUUUUGCUAUGCUUUCAAUACAAAAAAACUUCUACAGAAUAUUUUAGAUUUUGACAAUAAAGUGAUUGUAGUAUUUGCUGCUUAAAAAAAAUAUUUUAAAUACAAUUAAUAACCAAUCUGAUUUUAAAGAUUUUGCUUCUACAGUUUUGUUUUUUAAAUACUUUUUUUUUAAAUUCGAUUUUACCCAACUUGAUAAUAUGGGUUUAAGUUCAAACAGAUAAAUUCUACUCGGUGCACAGCCAAAGUUUUUAAGAGGACUCGAAUGGCCUAAAAAUGUUUUUUUUUUAAAUUAUUUUUGGUCAAGAAUUUGAACGCCGAAUCUUCACUUUUUUUAGCCUUCGGCGGAUCAUCUAUGCCGUUCUUUUUUUAUGCAACAUUUCACAUUUCCAUUUACUUGUUGAUUAUUCGAAGACAGACACGCUACUGUCACAUGAGAUUCUCCUUUUACUGCUUGUAAUAGUGCCAAUUUGUUUUUUCUGUCCUGUUGUGGCGAAGACUUUCUAAGGGCAUUGUACCAUUGGCUACCCAGAGUCAUUUGAGUUAUAAAUUCUCAUUGGGUUUAUGUUUUCGUGUUCAACAACUUCUUCUUAUGUUUUAAAAAAUUCGAGAACUUGAGGUCUGUCAAAAGUGUCAACCUCGCUAAGGAUUUUGCUUUAGGCUUCCUCGAAGAAGUGUUAGAAUUUUUUCUUCCAAGCCAACUUUUCCGGCUGCUUUUUUAUUAUUAUUAAACUGGUGUUUCAAAACAAUUUUUUACCGUUAAUUGAUAAGUUAACUCUGAAACGUCUACAUUUCUAGACUACUAAAAGAAAAUAAAAUUUUGUCACACAAUAUGGAGUAGCAUAACGGCAUUUAUUAAGGAUUGCAGAUUGCCCCAUAUUUCAUUUUGUACACCGUUGCCCUAGAUAAUUUUACUUAAAAUCCAUUGGCGUAGGGCUAGUAGAAGAGGCUCUAUACCAAUAUUAAUUCUUCCAUUUUUUUAUCAUUUCUGCUACGAUUUCAGCCGAAUGAGUAUCUACAACAAAACUGGUCUGAUGAAUCCGUCGCGUCGCCCGCCCCCAUAUAUACAAUAAAAACAUCGUUAUCUCGAGCAUUUUUGCUUUGAAGUCUAAAAAGAUUAAAAUAAACAUUCUUGCUGACGCAUACAAUUAUAUGAUAGUUUAUUCAAAAGUUCACACGGCCGAAAUGCGUUCUAGAAUUUUACCUUUCGGCCCAUAUGAUAAAAAUACUACUUGCAUCAUAUGGUGUUGCAAAUAGCUCGUCAUUUCAACUAUCAGGUCUUAAUGACCUUGUCCCAAAGCGCAAGCCUUUUAGCCAAUAGCAGGAUCUUAUUAUCUUGAUGCAAAGCAGCAGGAUCUUAUUAUCUUCAUGCUAAACACUAUUAUUAGCAUAAUUUUUUGUUUGUGUGCAUUAUUGGCCUUUACUAUACUAUUUUGUCAAGUUUUAGUAAUUUCAAAGCUCACUGGAUAAAAUUUUAGAAAAUAAUAAUAUCGACAAUAUAAACACUAUUUAUACAAAAGAACAGUUUUUUAUACCUGAAGAACUAUUGGAUAUUUGUAAGUGAAGUACAAAAGGGAACAAAAAUAUUAAAAUUACUGUAAAUUCUACCACGAUCGAAGUAAUUCUAAAUUUACAAUAUACCUGAUACUUUUGGUCCUUCUCACUAUCAAAUUUUUUUUUUCAUAAAAUAUUUUUUUAAAUGGGCGAUAAAGGGUUCUGAAAUAAUUAUCAAACUUUUAAUUAAACCUUGUUCUUUCCUUGUUGUUAGUUAAACCUUGUUGUUUUAAUUAAUUCCUUGUUUUGUUUCCUUUCUGUAGCAUUCUUAGGCGUAACACAGUCAACUCUUUCUUACCUCUUUAUGACAAGCUUUCGAAGCAUCUUUCGAAAGCCGUAAAAUUAAAAAAGAAAAUUAUCUGAUAAUUUUAUAUCCGUCUUCUAAAACUUUAUGCACUAUAUUUGGCAUAUAAUACCAACAGUACUGUAUUAUGAAUAUACAUUUUUUGUGUCAUUUAGUUUUUAACUUAAUUUGUUUCGAACAACUAAAAACAACUUUAAAAAAAGGAAAUUUAAUAUAUACCAGUUUUAUAUUCUGAGCCUACCUCAUAAUUUUUGAAAAAGAGCUUUAAGGUAUUUUUAGAGCCGUAUUUCAACUUUGAUUUGUAAACUAUUAGACUAAUUUUUGUCUUAAAUUCAGUUUAAAUGAUUUUUGUAUUAGUUUCUGCUAAGUAAUUAUUUUCAGUUCCUGUAAGCUAAGAUUUUUUUUUACCAAUAAUUUAUGCCUAAUAUGUAACAAACAUUUCAAAACUUGAAUAGGGCGAUGUAAAGUUGACGAACCAAAGCGGUAGCUUUCUAUUUUUAUUGGUAAUUUCGGUAUAGCUUAACGUAGACAAGCAACAACAAAAACAUAAACAUUUGAAGUGAGAAUCCUAGAGAAGAAUGAUGCCAUUUUAAAGUAUGAUAAAUUCUAAACAUUUUUUAUUUCAAACUUUUUUUUAAUCUGUCAAGUAAUAGGUGGGGGAAGGGUUGAAUAUUUAUAUCUAAAAUUUUUGAUAACUUUUGAUUGGCCUAACCAAUUUUAACGAGCUUACUUUUGUUUUUAAGAAUAAUUAUCAGGCUUUUAUGUGAUAUAAUUACUUAGCCGACUUAGUUGUUUUGUUGAGCGCUAGAGGGCGGUUUGUGUUAUUUUGGUCUUUUUCAGCGAUUUUCUGGCAAAUAUUAAAUACAACGAUAUAUUUUUUUUACUUAGGCUAAAAGAGCAUAAAAAAACAUAAAAACUGGCGGAAACCGCAACUCGAUAUCUUAAUUUAUUCCGAAAAUAUUAAUUAAAAUGUUUUUGAACAAUAAAAAUAAAACUCCAGAACUCAAAUUUUUGUAAUAAAUUGUUUUAUAUUUUUAAUAGUGUCUUAGAUGCUCAAACUGUUUUCCUUCAUUUUCAAUACACAGUCGAGGUCGUUGCGUCGUUGACAGAACCGCUGUUUCUGAUUUCUGCUGUGGGUAAGGAAUUUAUUGCAUUGCCUAUUUGGUCCUGCAUGUCGUUUUGGGUUUUGGGUGGGGUGACAAAAACUAAAUCUUUAAUCCUUCCCCACAAAUAAAAAUCUAGAAUAGUCAGAUCUGGGGAUCGAGCAGGUCAAGGAAAAAUACUUCCUAUUCACAAACGAUACUGCCUGGUUAAGUAUUGACGAACUUGAACUGCAAAAUGUGCAGGGCAACCAUCAUGUUGGAAAAUUAUUUGCCCUCUUGUUUCCAAAUCAACAUCUUCCAGUAACCCCGGGAGAUCAUUUUGCAAAUAAAUCAAAUACAUAUUACCAGAAAGUGUUUGAUUGAAAAAUGAAGAACCAAUAAUUUUUCCGCCAAUAAUUCCGCACCACACAUUUGCCAUAGUCCAUCUGCCUUGGUGUUGAGUCUCGCAAAUCCAACAGGGAUUUUGUUCUGCCCAAUAAUGCAGAUUAUGCAGGUUUACACCACCAUCACUGCUAAAUGAUGCCUCGUCCGAAUUCAUUUGUUUCCAAAGCUUACUAUUGACUAUGUGAUGCAAUAAUGCCAGCGCGGCGACAGAUUUCAUUGUUCAAAAACAUUUUAAUUUAUAAUUUCGGAAUAAAAUCAGAUAUCGAGUUGCGGUUUGCACCAGUUUCUAUACAAGUUUGAAAUAAAAAAUGUUUAGAAUUUAUAAUACUUUUUAAUGGCAGCAUUUUUUUCUAGGAUUUACUUUGAAUAUUUUCAAUAAAACCAACUUUUUCUAUUUCAAUCUUGUAUUACGCCCCUUGCGGUCAUCGUACGAACUUGUAAAUAAUUUCCAGCAAUUUCUCUUUGCCGCUUUUAUCAGGAAAAAAAUUUUCCCUACGCUGUGCAAUGAGUACUCAGAUAUGGCCGGCGACCUCUCUUAGUUGUACACCCGGUACAACGUAGUCCACUAAUAACCAUAAGACGAAAUGCGAGGAUUAACCCAUAAAUCCUUACUGGUAUUUUCGGAAAUUUUUAGAUUAAUUAGAAACAAAUUUUCAUCAUUAUUUGAAACAUCGCUGAAUUUUUGUUUAUAUUGGCUAUGAUUCGAGCUGCCAUCGAAGCUCCAAUAUUGUAUCCAAAAUAUGCAGAAAAAGAAGUGUUGAUUUUUUUAAAUUUUCAUCCAUUGUUCGCGGCACUGUGCGUGCGUUAACGGCAGGGAAGGACGAGUUUUAGUUAGAUUUUAUUCAGCAUUCAGGGAAAUAGUCAAUUUUUCUUUUCUUGCUCCGAGAUUUAUGCAAAGUUUUAUCGUGUCUUAUAAAUAUUUUUCCUUUCCCAGCCUUUUUUCUCACCUAUGUACUGUUCACAAAAUGAAAGAUUCAGAUAAUGGCACGUGUAUCUUAGAGGCAAUAUGAGUUAGCUUAAAUGUGUUUACAGCAUUAUUAAAGGUCUAACAAGUGGCACAAGGACAAAAAAGGUUGCGAAAACCGCAAAGUUCUGUCUUUGAAAAUAACCGAGAUGCCCUGAAACUACAACAAAAAUGGGACACAGUGUACUUCAGUGACAUUUUUACACUAAUAUGUUAAGAUUUGUUGAACUAGAGAUUAGGAACCGCUUUAAAUGUGUCAACCAAAGGGAGGUUUCGCACAAAGUGUGAAAUGGCCUCUCGUAAACUUUUAGGUCUAAAUAAUUUUUGUAGCUGAAGUACAUUCAAUAAUUAGGCAUUAAGGAAAAAUGAUUUUUACAUCGUAAGUUAUUAAAAAAGGAAUCUGUAUAGUAACACGUUAAGAGUUGAUAAUGAUGUAUUAGACAGUAUUUUUUUAAUGUACAGUUUUUGCUUUAGGAUUAGGGAUGGAAUAUAAUACUGUUUUAAAUCGA